GCUCGUUUCACGAUGGUGCACGCAAUCGGGGAUCCUUGGGAUGUCCCUAUCCCCAUUGAAGCUGAAACGUAAAACGGGUGAAGUUGGAUUGACAGUUAUCGAUCAAACAAAGACACGGACAGAAGUAGCUUCUGAAGUCUGUUCGGGCUAUGACACAUUGCUGAAGAGAUAAUGGAGCCAACAGACCAUGCCACAGAAGCCGACCCCCUGAAGAGGGAGGAGGAUGGGGUUGAGGGUGGUGGAACGGCACCACCAGCGCAGACCAAGAAGAAGAGUUUGGGUCUGGCCAAGUUGUCCCACUGGAGGACGGCUGCCUUCUUCCUCUCCCUCUUCCUCUGCCUCAUCAUCGUCUUCGCCUUCUCUUUCAUCAUCCCCUGUCCCGUCCGUCCUCAAUACCUCACCUUCUGGAACCGCACCUUCCCCCAAGCAGCCACCUAUGAUUUCCUGGCCAUUGAGGAUGCAAGCAAAGACAAAGUGAUGGACGUGUUGUUUGUCCUGAAGGCCCAGGAGGGCAGUCAGAACGUUAGUUGUUUGGCUGAAGGUCUGGACACACCUUGUGUGUUUGUGUCGGCGGUAGCUGGGACCAACGGGGAGACUCUGUGGGAGCGGCCCUUGGCCCCUGAGUUCCACUGGGCCCAGUGUGGUCUGGACGGCCUUGGAGAAACCGAGAGGGGCUGCCUGCUGUCUCACUCCAACCAGCUCACUGCCAUCAACAAAUACACUGGAGUGGUGACGUGGGCGCGGCUCCAGCCUCCCAACCUGAGGAGUACCUUACCGGUCCUCAGUGUCUCAGACCUGGAUGGGGACGGGGUAAGCGACGUGGCUCUGGUGGCGCCCAGCCCAACGCAGACACAGCUGGCGAUCCUCUCAGGGAAGACUGGUGUACAGAUUGGCUCAGAGGUGGUUCUUGACACUGCUGAGUGUGCCAUGCAUCUCCUCCACUCCACAGCGAAAGGCUCCAACUAUGUACUGCUCCAGAAAGACUCGGGAUUGUAUGGCCUGGCCCUGUGGAGGAUUGCAGCCCAGGCUAAGGCAGGCAUGGAAAAAGGCCUCAAGAAGGACAAGCACUGGGAGCGCAAAGCCAAUGACUCCUCUGGCCUUGUAUCAAUCUAUGAGUCUGGGACAUUGAGAUACGUGUUAAGGACAGGGAAGGCAGAGGGUCCCUCCAACCUGCUAUUGGUCACUGGGGGCAGUGUUGUGCUGAUAGAUGGUGACAGUCUGAACUUACUGUGGAGAGUCAACACCAGCACAGUCCUCAGCGAGCCUUCUUUUGGCCACUUCAACAAAGAUGGCACACUCGACAUAGUGAUCGAGGAGGACAUUGGCAACCGCAUUAAAAGGGUGGUGAUCCUGGACGGAAACACUGGAGGCACAGUGUGGGAGGUCAACCUACUGGCCAGCCCCAACUCACCCAAGCCAGCCUCAGUCAACACCAUCAACUCCUUCUCUGUGUUCAUGUUCUGGGGGCUGAUGCCCUCCGAGGCCAACGCUACUAGGGAUUUGAGUGAGGAGCGGCGCUCCUACAUGCUGUAUCCCCACUACUCCUCAGUUCUCCUGGAGAAGAGCAACGUCAUGGACCACAUCAUCGCGUUUAAAGCCACUUUGUUGGAGCGGGGGCGCCACGCCUGCUACAUCAUGUUGACGGGGCCCGAGGGGGAGGGGGCCGAGGGGACUGUGGACCUUAGCAAGCGCAAACUGAAACAGGAUGUCACCGACAGCCGGGUCCUCCGCCUGGGCUCCAUAAGCAGCAAAGACACUAACGAGGACAUCAAAGAGGCCUUCCAGAGACUGCGUUUCAGCGAUGAGUGACAGGCCACUGUUACCAUGACAACAUUGUUGCUGAUAUCGAAACUGUGUUACAAUAGAUAUGACAACCGUUACUGCUGACAAUCAACCAACUGUGUAGCUAUGGUUACCUUAAAGCUGACUACUAAACCUUCUUCUGCUGACCUUGUAUUUCAACUGUCCCAUCAUGACAAUCAGAUUCAUUUAGCUCAGUUCUCUUAGUGUGGAAAUGGGCAAGGUAGAGGCAGACUUGGCUUUGGGUCGAUGCAACCAAUAACUGCACUAAUCACAGAAGAAUGCCAGGGCAUACCAACCAGGCAAUAUGGUAUUAUCAGGUACUGUAUCUGAAUUCAUUUAUGCACAACUAGUAGGCUACCGUGUGGGAUAGUUUUUAGAUACCUUUGCUGUAGCAACUUCAGCCUCUGUAAAGGUGGCUAAAGUGACUAAGCGUUUAUGUUAUGCAACAAAAAGAGGCACUAAAAGCCCCAAAGAGCUGCAUGGGCAACCCUGUGGUUAGUGGAAAUAUCUUAAGGGUACUGCUUCCAUAUAAAAUUACAAGUCAUAGCCUUAUAUUGUAGCCAGAGGUACUGUGGUAGAUGACAAUCAGAUGAAACUAGUAGCAGGUACUGUACUAUUCCAAGUUGGUGUAAAUUAGGGUAUAAUUUAAAUGCACAUUGACAGCUGUAGGCCCUGUAUGAGUGACUCAAGCCUUGAAAGCUGAAUGUUUCUGGUGAUCUGUGUGUUGAUGUUCAAAUCAGGCAAAAGAGAAAGGGAAAGCUUGAGAAAAUUCCUAUGCCCCCCCUAUCUCUUUAAAAAAAAUGCUUGAAAGUGAUCUUGAAUGGGAAUGAGGGUUUUAUAGUUUGCCUUACAUGAAUAUAUUGAACCUUCUUUUUGA